GACCAGACAGACCGGGACCAGAGAGACAGACGGACCGGGACCAGAGAGACCGGGACCAGAGAGACAGACCGAGAGAAGCCGAGUGUGUCCGGCGGCGGUUCGUCCUGGUCCAGACCGGGACCAGAGACACAGACCCGGUCCCUCCCGGUCCCUCCCGGUCCCUCCCGGAGCAUGGUGCCGCGGGGCCCGGCGGAGCGGGAUCCCGGCUCCCUGCUGGCGCCGCGGAAGGCGGACUGGUGUCAGACGGCGUCCGGACACAUCAAGCGGCCCAUGAACGCCUUCAUGGUCUGGUCCCGGGCCGAGCGGCGCAAGAUCAUGCUGCAGGACCCGGACCUGCACAACGCCGAGAUCUCCAAGCGGCUCGGGAGGCGCUGGAGGACCCUGCAGGAGGCCGAGAAGGUCCCGUUCAUCCGGGAGGCGGAGCGGCUCCGGCUGCAGCACAUGGCCGACUACCCGGACUACAAGUACCGGCCCCGGAAGAAGACCAAGGCCGCCGGCGGCGUCCCCCCUCCGGGGAAACCUGCAGCCCGGAGGCCGGGGACCGGCUCCGGCAGACCCGCCGCCCGGAGACCCCCCAAGCUGAAGCCCGGUAAGCAGGUCCCGGAGCCCCGGUACCGGUACGUCCUCACCACCAGCCUCAAGUCCGGCAGGGAGGGGACCGAGUCCGAGGAGGAGGAGGAGGAGGAGGAGGAGGAGGAGGAGGAGCAGGAGGAGGAGGACCAGCCGGACCCCCCCACCGGGCGCCUCUUCUACAGCUUCAAGAACAUCACCCGGCAGGGGACCGGGACCCCCUCCUCCCGGUCCUCCCUGUCCCCCGCCUCCUCCUCCCGGUCCGGCUCCUCCUCGUCCUGCUGCGGGGAGGAGGACCGGGACCGGGAGGAGCCGGACUUCACGCUGAGCCUCGUGGCGGGCUUCAGCGCCUCCUCCGAGCCGUGGAGCCCGUCCUCGGCCCCGGGGGGCCUGUCCCUGUCCCUGGUGGACCCGGACCUGGACUGUGACGGCAGCCUCGGGUCCCACUUCGACUUCCCGGACUACUGCACCCCGGAGCUCAGCGAGAUGAUCGCAGGGAGCUGGCUGGAGCCCGGGUACUCGGACCUGGUCUUCACCUACUGACCCCCGGGACCAGGACCCGGUCCCGGGGGGGUGGGGGGGCCGGACUGGACCCACCCGGACUUCUGCAAAAAGAACAAAAAAAAAAAAAAUGAAAUCACCUCACAGGGUCUUUGGUCUAAACCAGAACCAGGAUCUAGACCAGGACCAGAUCUAGACCAGGACCCGGACUCUGGUAUCAGGAACCUUUUCUUUAACCAAACUUACCUCAUCUUCUUUUUUUAAAACGUCCAGAAGUAAAAACUCUUUUUCAGACUAUUUUUGUACAUGAAGCUGGUUCAGGCACUUCUUCUGAUUAUUAUUGAUCUGAUUGAUUAUUGAUCUGCUUAUUAUUUGUAAAUGUUGUUGAUAGUUAAAGAGAGAAACCUUUCUGUUACGUUUUUUUAAACCGUUAACGGCACAUUUCUUGUUUUUCUUCAUUAUUUUUGUGCAAUAUAUUAAGAAAAUAAAAGAAUCGUUCAGAGUUUCUGUUUGUUUUGUAGCAGAAAGAAAAAAACCUGAAUAAAUCAGCUGGAACUGA